AUGUCUACCGAAGUUGACAAGCCCGCUCCCGUCGAGGGAGAUGCUUCGAAGGUCCCUGCACCUUCCGCUGCCGAACCUGGAAAAGCUCCCGAGCCUGAAAAGCCUGUCGAAGCUGAAAAGGCGUCCGAACCUAAAAAAGCUCCUGACGCCGACGCGUCAGCCGACAAGGGGGACGGCUGGCAGACGGUGACGUCACGCGAGAGACGAGACAGCAACAGGGGGCAUUGGAGGGGUCGAGGUCGCGGAGGCAGGGAUUCGCACCACCAUCACGGCGGAAAUCGCAAUGCAGGUGGUUACAGACGUUCGCACGGCCAUGGAGGACAAUCCGGAGCAUCCGGGGGAUCCGGCGACAAAUCGGGCGGUGGGGGUAGAGGCGGUGUUGCCGGCAAAGGCGGCGCGGUCGCCGCCGCCAAAUCCGGCGGCGCUGCUGGUGCUGCUGCUGCGGCAGCUCCCCCUGCUGGAGCUGCUUCGGCGGAGGCCAACGCCGCCGCCGGAGCGGCCGGAGCUUCUGGCGCAGCGGAAGGCACUGGGAAGGCCGGGGAUGGCGGAGAUGGCGGAAGCGCGACGGCUGGCGCAACGGGUCAGAAAGCCGGAAAUGAUUCCAACGAGGGAAAAGGCGCAAGCGGAGGGGGCACAGGGGGAAAUGCGCAUGGGCACGGGCACGGACAUGCGCACGGGCAUGGGCAUGGGCAUGGGCAUGGGCACGGGCAUGGGGCGGCUGGCAAAGGCUCGGUGUGGCAGGUUAAAGGGAAGCCUGGAAAAGGGGUAUGGGCGCAGGUGGUUAAGAGUGAGCCAGGCAAGGCUCGAACGCACCCCGGGCCUGAUGAGGGGUUAGCGUCGCUCGUGCGAGGUUCGGACGCAGUUGGAGAGGCGCCCGCGAGUGCCGAGCCUGCGAAGCAGGCUGGGGGAAAGGCUGGCGGAGCGGAGGCCAAGCCGGGAUCGGAAUCAGCGAAACAGGGUGGGGGGAGGGGCGGGAAUGCAGGGUCUGGGGGGCAGAAGGGUGGUGGAGGGAGGGGGGAAGGGGGAGGGAAGGGAGGCAAAGGCGGCAAGGCAUGGCAUAAGGAUAAGGACAAAAAGGAGGAGAAGAAGGAGGAGAAGAGAGACGAGAAGGAGGAUUCUGAGAAGAAUAAGGAGAAGGAAAAAGGGAGCGAGGACAAGGAGAGUGCUAGUGGCAGUGCGAAGGAGGGCGGGGAGGGUAAGGGCUCGAAAGGAGGGGGACACGGAAAGAAGGACGGGAAGUCGGAUCAGAAGGAGCAGAAGGAUCAGAAAGAGGGGAAGGAUCAGAAAGAGGGGAAAGAGCCAAAGGAGCACAAGCCUCCGAAGCAGGCGUGGCGCAAGCACAACAGGGACGGCGAGAAGGGCGGGGCGGUGGCGGCCGCGGCGGUGGUGAUGGGCGCAGGCGCGACGGCGUGGCCUGCGCUCUCCGAGGCGGAUGCUGCUGCUGCGCGCGCGGCGGAAAACGGCAAGGGGGAUGAAAAGGCAAAGCCUGCUGCUGGUCUCGCUAUAAUCGCAAACGAGGGCGACAAAUCGUCUGCUGCCACGUCAGACAAGCAGAGUGGCGCAGCGGCGGUCACAGCAGCAGACGCAGCCAGAAAGGCUGGCGCUGCUGACGUGGCAGUUGUGAGCGUGCGUGAGGUGGCUGGGGGGCAGUACAAGCGCGGGGGGCAUCAGGGGGGAGGGGGGCCGCACCAUGGCGGAAGGGGGGGAGGCGUGGGGGGAGGGGGAUACCAGAGGCGCGCGCAUGUGAGCCCCGCACAGGGGGGCAACGGCGAGGGGAAGCCUCAGGGUGGGGCUGGGCGCGGGCAGGGGGGGCAGCAGGGGCAGGCGCAGCAGCGGAAACAGCAGCCUGGGGGACAGGCGCAGCAGCAGCAGGCGCAGGGGCAAGGGCAGCAGGCGCAGGGACAGGGGCAGGGGCAGGCGCCGGGGCAGGUGCAGGGCCAGGGGCAGAAGCCGCACGGGCAGGGGGGGCAUGGGGGGAUGGGCGGGGGCGGGCGCGGGGGGCACAUGCGCGGACAGGGGAGGGUGGUGGUGGGGGCGGACGAUCCCCCCCUGACGGAAUUCGUUGCUGCUGGGCCCAGGCGGUCCGCAGCUGCCAUGGCCAAUGGCAUGGGGGGGAGCUAUGGCUACCCCAUGGUCGUGGGAGCCAACGGCCCUUACUACAUGCCGUACCGCAUGCCGCCUGUCCCAGUUGACCCGAUGUCAGGCCUCCGAACUGCACUUACGAAGCAGAUCGAGUACUAUUUUAGCAUUGAGAAUCUGUGCCGUGACCUCUUUCUUCGGUCUAAGAUGGACGCCGAGGGGUUCAUUCACGUGGAUGUUAUUGCGGCCUUCAACAGGGUGCGCAUGCUCACACUAGACAAGGCCUUCAUUCUCAGCUGCCUUGCCAACUCCACUUCAGUCGAAGUGCAGGGUGAGAAGCUGAGGCGGCGCAAUGACUGGAGCAACUGGCUGCUGCCCACAGGGCACAUGGAGGCUGUCGUUCCACACUCAGAGGAGGCACCCAAUCAGGAGGGAGGCAAGGGAGGAGAGGGAGGAGAGGGAGGGAAGAAGGGAGGAGAGCAGGGGGAGGGGGAGAAGGAGGCUGAUGGUACCAUUGCUGAUAAAGCGGCGGAGGACACGUUUCAAUUCAGUGGGGACGAGCUUGGGGAGGGGAAGAAGAGGGCUGGCAAGCCCAGGAGGAAGCAGCGUGCCAGGUCGGAGGAGGAUACCACAGACGACUCUGAUUUCAACGACGUGAAUCCAAGCCUCAAGAACCUCGUUAUUGUCACACAGAGGCGCCCGGGCCAGGGGAGUGCGUUUCAGCAGCAGCAGCGUGGUGGUGGGGUGAGGCGUAGCCAGGGUCGAGAGGACGGGGCGAGCGGCAGCAGCUAUGAGGGCGGGUCUUCCCUGGUGAGGAUGCUUGCCAUGUAUGGAGUGCUUGGGUGA